GGUUUACGGUUUUCAUAUGUUUUCAUUUACAUCAUAGUCAUUUUUUGAAUGGCCUUUUUUAAAAUAAGAUCAGUGUAGAGUACGCAAGAAAUUUAAAUUCAAAUUCAUCUCUAUUUCCAAUUGUCAGGGAUUUAGGAACGUCGGCCAUACCAGAUAUCGUUGGUUUCUUUUUUCGCGAGAAAUGCGAGGUACAUUUUUCAACCCCUGUCCAUCAAAAUACCUUUCAAGGUAAGGAUAAAGGCAUUGUUAGGCCUUGGGAAUAGAACAGGUGGUUUGAAAACUGACGUUUUGGCUAAGAGGAAUUUCUUUGUAUAUCAUCCCCCGCAUCUGUUUAUUAACGAUUUGCAUAUUUACGACAUCUGAUGGAAUUUGUGUCCUUUCCGAGGGAUAGACGAAAUGAAAAUCUUUACCUUGGUUUUUGUAAUGAGCAAAUCGCAAAUCCUUCUUGGUCUUAAAAAACGAGGUUUAGGAGAAGGAAAAUGGAAUGGAUUCGGAGGAAAGGUGGAAUUGAAUGAGAUUGUCAUUCAAGGCGCUGUCAGGGAACUCCGCGAAGAGAGCGGAGUUGUGGCUGACGAAUGUAACCUGUUACGACGUGGUGUUAUAACAAUGUAUUUCGAAAACGGUGAUGGUCCAUUUCUGAUCCACGUGUUUCAAUGUAAUGAGUGGAAAGGAGAAAUAACUGAAACCGAAGAAAUGAAGCCGCAGUGGUUUGAUAUUGAUCGUAUUCCGUACGAUUUAAUGUGGAGUGAGGCUCGUUUAUGGUACCCAGUUUUUCUCUCCGGCUGUUCGUUUGAAGCUAGCUUUUCCUACGACACCAAAGGCGACAUAAUUGAACACGUCAUUAAUCGCCUUCCGUGAUGCUGAUUGCCAUAACAUUACACAUUUUACCAGUCAUUUGUUGCGCGUAUUAAUGGUUUGGAGAGAAGCCAUAACUGCCGAGAUGUUAAUGCGACACUCACUGCGGUGCUAACGAUCAAGCAAUUUGUCAUGGCAUAUUGAACUACUCAAAGUUACUGUACUGUACUACUUAUUAAUGUUUCGUUUGUCUAUGUAAUUUACGUAGUGACUGCUGCUUAGCAUUGGUAUCAACGUUUUGUUAAGUCCACUCGUUUUGUAGUGUGGAUGUUAGUUUGUGAUGGUGUCCGGAUGUUGUAUGAUGAGGUUUGGUGUUUUCUGUUGUAGUUUUAAUGGUGUAUGAAGUGGGUUGAAAGAUACUAUUGUUACUCUAUAGAUAUUAAGCCAUUUAGUAGAUGUUAUUAUCUAAUUUCCCCCCAACACUGAAGCUAAAUAGAAACAUUACGUUUCAUGGAAUCCUCUUGCCACAAUGCGCUCAAUAAUGAGCUGUUGCUAUAAUAUAUUG